AUCUGGUCGCUCGGGAUAACCGCCAUCGAAAUGGCCGAGGGAAAACCACCUUACGCAGAUCAAUACCCGGUGGAACACCUGAUAAGAGAAGCUCAACCACCGAAGCUUCAAUCAAACAGAUGGUCACAACAUUUUGUGUCCUUCUUGGAGAUGUGUCUGAAGAAGGAUCCUUUGGAGAGAGGGAGUGCUGAAGAACUCCUGCAGCACCCAUUCAUCACCCAACUGCCACCUAAGAAAAUCAUCAGGGCUGAGUUGGAAGAACAUCUCCUGACUCUGCAAAACUGUCCGGCCAAGAAAGGACUGAAGGGAGUAGCUCUCUGUACCCUGAGACAGCUGCGGUGUGCUUGCACACAGACAUCAGCAGAACAAGAAGCAGCUCUGCAAAUGGCCCUGGAGGGCUUCUCCUGUUAUUAAUCUUGUGGCCAAUAACAUCAACAGCCCAGAAUGAGUUUCCUUAAUCACAGCAGAGGAAAAAGAAGCAUCCACAAGAUCCAGUGGCGUCUGCAGCUCCACCAACAACAUCUCCUUUCAAGCUGAUGCAGUUCAGCAAGUGGUAUCUUCAAGAUUCCUGCAACUACACCAGCAGGGACUUUCUCUCCUUCUU